AUGUCUCAGAGCCGAUUCAGCAAGCUGUAUGCCCAUGAUCCCUACUCGAUCGUCUACCAGACCGUGGACGUCCCUGUCCGUGAUUUGAUUGCACCCAAGGUCUUUACUCCCGUCUCUGGCUCGACCGUCCAGCUUACCAAUGCUCGCGCACUGGUCACUCCCUCUGGCACCUUGGCCGCUCUCACCAUCGCCCUUCCCCAGUACCCUGUCGAUGGCCAGAUUCAGAACGUCACUAUCACCCAGUCGAUCACUGCCCUGAGCAUCACCGGUGGCUCGCUUGCUGCCGGCUCGGCCCCUACCGCCAUCGACACCACCAACGGUGCGGUCACUCUGCAUCUGAUUUUCUCUGCUCAGCUUAACAAAUGGGUCAAGAUCUGA